GCAACAUUUCAUCCUGAUUUGUUGAAAUAUGCUCAGCCUUGUGUGGAAAACAGUACAGAGUUCAAAGCAGAAGGGUUCCUGCUGCUCUUUUCAGCUGAACUUGACUACAAAAGAAGAAGUGCACAAUCAUGUCCAGAUCGGUGCUGCUGCUCUUUUGAGCCUUCAUCUGUGGAGGUGGUGUGCAGCAAAGGUGGCCUCACAGUUUUCCCCAGAAGUGGUUUACCGUCCAACACCACCUCAUUGUCCAUCCAAAACACAAACCUUGGCAAUAUUACUGCCGGUGAUCUGAAUGCUGUGCAGUUCCUAAACAACCUGCAGCUGUAUCACACCAAUCUUGCAAACCUUUCCUCAGACAUGCUGGUCUUCGUACCUCACUUGGACACUUUGGAUCUCACAGGAAACAAGCUAGUUGAACUGCCUGCAAACCUCUUCAGUCACAGCUCACUUCGUAGCCUGGUGGUGAAAAAUAACCAGCUAAAGGAAGCAGACCCAGCCUGGUUUUCUAACAACAGCAGUCUCCUCUAUCUGGAUUUUUCUGGUAACCGUCUAACCCGCAUUUCAGCUGAUCUGCUUCACAAGCUGCCCCUUCUGCAGACACUAGACUUGGACAGUAACAAUCUGCAAGAGCUACAAGCUGACCUGUUCAGGAGCCUUCAUCAACUGGAGACAUUAAAUCUGGCUGGGAACAAAUUAAUUACCCUAAGACCUCAAAUAUUUGCUCACAAUCUCAAACUAAAAUACUUGUACCUGCAGGAGAAUCAGCUCCAGGAUCUGCCAGCGAACCUCCUCCAUAGACUCCAACACCUUGAGCUUCUGCUGCUAAAUCAGAAUCGGCUUCGCCACCUCCCCACAGGCCUUCUGGAUGGGAUAAAUCCCUCUUUGCAGAUAAUCCUGACAGGGAACCCCUGGGAAUGUAAUGGUAAAAUGGAGUACCUGAUGAAGUGGCUCACCAACCAUCGCCAAAAUGUUCUCUUUGAGGAGGAGGUGACCUGUGAUCUCCCAAAGACGCUCAAAAAUCUGCAAAUUUCAUCUUUAACUGACAGUCAGCUUGGUGUCAGAUUACAAUAAAUGGUUCAACAAGAAAAUACAAAAAAGUAACUAAUUUACCUAUAAUCCUUUUGGUUGUAUUUUAAAUAAAUAAAUAAAUACGGAUAAACAUUG